GUUUGCUCAACCGGCUGUAAUGGUGGACGACUGAAGGCAGGGGAGCGGAGUAUUGUGAAGAAAGAGAAGGAGAGAAAAGGAAAGGGAAACGAAGAGGAUUAACGACUGAAAAGAGUCCGCUUCGAGUGUGUCAGCCGCCACGACUUUAGGACAACGGGCUUCGUCGAAAAUGGAUGAACUUAAACAUCAAGUCAUGAUUAACCAGUUCGUCCUGACGGCGGGUUGUGCGGCAGACCAGGCGAAGCAACUCCUGCAGGCGGCACACUGGCAGUUCGAGACUGCACUCAGUGCCUUUUUUCAAGAAACAAAUACUCCAUACGGCCAUCAUCAUCAAAUGAUGUGCACCCCAGCCAACACACCAGCAACACCCCCAAACUUCCCGGACGCAUUGACCAUGUUUUCACGACUGAAGGCAUCUGAGAGCUUCAACAGCAGCAGCGCCGGCAGCCCCAUGGCCGCCGCCAUGGCCACUUCACCUCCGCCCCCCCAGGUCGGCGGCUGGGGGAUCCCAUCUAAUGUGCAGCAACCACCGCAGGGACUCUGGACUCAGGGGCAGCCCCCUACGCAACCCUGCCCUGCCUGGCCCACGGGAGUUAACCCGCACACAGGCACUGAGCAGAAGGCUAGCGUAGCGAUGGAGGCUGAAAGAUGAAGGGAGGCACAGGACUGAUGAAGCCCCCCUACUGCCCUAGGGAGGGAAGGGAGCAGGGUAUAGAAGCAGGGAGGGAAGGGUGGGGGGUGAGAGGAGAUAAUGGGGUUUUAAAAAAUGGGGUUUUUGGUCUUUUUAUUUCCCCAAAAUGGAAAUGGACAGAGGACAAAUGAGAUGGAAUCUACGCAAACCAAGAAAAUCCCACCAGGGACAAUUUAAGAUGAGGAGAGAAAACCAAUGCAAAUGUUAACACAAAACAAAUUACACAAAAAAGAAACACACAUGCACACACACGCACUCAGACAUAGUAAUAAGAGAGCAACUGAAAUCUUUGUUAGGUUUUUCUCCUAAGUAAAUGCAUAGAUAAGAGAAUAUUAUUAAAUACUGAGCUAAAAAAAGAAAUAUAAAAAAAUUGUCACGCCCAAGGAUUCUAUGUGAUGUUCAAGGACAUUCAAGGCAGCAGACUUACAUUUUUUGGUUCUCAGUUUUGUCUAGAUUUUCAUUUUUUUGAAGCCAGUGUAUAUUUUUUUGUUUCCUCCGUCACUGGUGACUCUGUUUCUGCGACUUUAUGUGCUGCAUGAGGAGCGAGAGGACGUUGAGAUGUAGUGUUUUAGAAUGACUCGAAAAAAAAUCCUCACACACUUGAGUGUGAGUGUGUACGCAUGUGAACGGGUGGUCGCGUUUUUAAUCAAAAUAAGUACAUACACACGAACACACAACAGAAGAAACACCUCCAUACUGUCAUCCCCAUCGUCAGAGCUGGGACUUUUCUUACCUCACCUGGUGGUCACCUGACUUUUUUCAGCCAAUCAGGGAUUCUUCUUAAACCAACCAUCGCCACCACCGACACAGGACAUGUUUUUAAAAAGUUUCCUUUUUUUUUCUGAAACAGUUUUAAACCUGGACUCAGAUGAUAACUGUCCACUGGAGAUUUUUGUUGGGUUAUUAAAGCAGAAAAAGGUUUUUAGUGUAAUAUGGUUUAUAAUGCUAACUGUUGUUUUUCUUGUUAUGAGGUUUUCACGAGGAGGUUUUGAACUCGUUUGUAAACCCACAUUGAUUUUUGUUUUUUUUUUCCUUUUGAAAAGAAUAUAAUGAAACGCACCAAAAGAAAAAAAAAUGGCUAAAGAAAAAAAUCGACGACUCCAUCUUUGUAAACAGAAUCGCCACUUUGCAUGAUCUGUUCAUAAAUGUGUAACAUCUUUUGUAGCAAACGUACAUUGAGGUCGAGACAUGUUAAUGGGAGGGGGGCGGUGUUCGAGACGGGGUGGCAGUGGGUGGGUGUGAUACCCAAAGUUUAAACAACAAUGCAAUAGAGCAAAGUGUCUUGUUUGAAAUAUGAGAAAUGGAGGAGAUGAGAAUGGGGAGGGGCCGCUUGAAGGAGCCCACCACUAGCUAUUUGGGGGACACUACAGACUACUUUCAGAUAUACAGUAUAUAUAAAUAUUACUGCCCUCAGUCUGACCGACCACAGAGGGGUUUUUAUGACAUUUAGGUUUUCAACUUUUCAGCCGUUCCCUGGUCCACUGACAGCUGAGGGACACGUCGGGGAAGACCCUGUUAAACGGCAAUAUAUUGAAAAAAAAAAUCAGGGUCUGCCCUAUUUUAGUUUAGUCUUGUUUGAAUUAUUUUUACAUUGGAUAAAGAAGAGAGAAAAAAGAUAUUUUGAAUAGCUGAAGGUCUUUUUAUUAAAAACAAAGAUGAUUAGGUAAAAAAAUAAAGGGAUAUAAUCAUGAUUUAAUAACCAAGUUUUUUUUUUUUUAUAAUAUAGACCAAACUAAUGUUUUGAGUUGCUCCAUGGUUCGUACUUUAUUUGGUGAAAUCCGAGCGUUUCUGGGUGGGCCUGUUUCUAAAUGGUUUCUCAUGUAUGUUCCCUCAAUGCCCCCCACCCCCUUGUAUGACUGUAUGAGACCAUUCCCACAAUAUUUGUGGACUACCUGAUAAUUAACUUAUCAUUUUUGUGAACCUAAAUAAAUAUUGUAUGUCAAA